AUGCUGCCCCCCUCCCGCCCCCUUCUGGCGCCCUUGUCAUUUCUUGUUACCUUGGGUCAUUCUUCGAUUAUUUCAUUACUUCUAUUGCUUCAUCCUAACACAACUCAGAACAGCAUAAAGAAGCCGCUCAAGAAGACGGCGCUGGAGAAGCUGAUGGUCAAAUGGCGCCUAGGCCAACAACAAGGAGAAGCGCGCCGACGGGCACUGCUUGAAGCCCAGGCACUUGUAGACCAAGCGGCCGCUGCUCUUACAGCUGAGGGGCUGACUGAUUCAGUCAACGCCGAUAAAAAAGCAAUGCUUGCAGUCGCCGUUUCUGACCCCUCUUUUACUACCGGUACCGGAAUUACGCAAAAGAGAGUCAGAAACACUGAUUCGGGCAUCGGUAGCUCGGUGGAUUCAGUUUAA